UUUUAUGAGACAGAGAGAGAUGACAUAGAUGUAUGCCAAAAAAAAUUGUGAUAAGGAAGAUCAAGAUGCAGGAGUGAGUGCUAGAAGGUCUAUGACAAUGAAGAUGGGUGUAAAGGCAAUAAAUAAAGUAAGAAAAAGUGCGAGAAGAUCCAAGGUGCAAAAACGAAUAAGAUCAAAACUUGGAUACAAAGCACAUCAAAGAGAAAUAUAAUUUCCAAUUUACAACUAUUUAUAUUUUGUUAGAACAUUUUGUAUUGAUCAGAAUGCUACUAUGCGUUUGAAUGAUUUUGCAUUUUAAAGCAAAAAAUAAUAAAAAGAAUAAAAAAUAGUAAUUUUUUUGUAAAUUUCCCUUCAGAAAUCAACCAAAAAUAGAAGUAAAAAAUAUUAAAAAAUAAGAGUCACAUGUUUUUAUCUACAAAAUGGUAUCUAAACGACGUAGACUACUACGGGGGGUUUGAGGUAGAAGACUUGGAGCAGUUAUUCGAAGCGAUGCGCUCAAACUACAAGUCAUGGUGCUCCGGGUUCGCGCCCCUAGCGGUGGGCGGCGACAUGGACUCGGUGGCGGUGCAGGAGUUCAGCCGGACGCUGUUCAACAUGCGCCCCGACAUCGCCCUCUCCGUCCUCCAGACCAUCUUCCGCAGCGACCUCCGGCACAUUCUCGCCCGCGUCACCGUCCCCUGCCACAUCAUCCAGAGCAUGAAGGACUCCGCUGUGCCCGUUGUCGUCUCCGAGUACCUCCACCGCAAUCUCGGUGGCCACUCCAUUGUCGAGGUCAUGUCCACCGACGGCCACCUGCCGCAACUCAGCUCCCCGGACAUCGUGGUUCCCGUCGUUCUCCGGCACAUUCAGUACGAUAUAGCGGUUUGAUGUAAAAAAAAAAAAGGAAAUGUGUUUUCAUGUAAUUUGUGGCCUUGUUCCCUCCAUUCUCUGUGGAGUAUCUAGCUAGGUAUAUAUCCGUUUAUUUACCCUAUGUUUGGUUUGUAAAACUUAAAAGAAAAAGAAAAGAAAAAUAUUUUCUCUUUUGCUCACCAAAAUUUGAGGAAUGAAUGUUGCUUUUUUCU